UUUGUGAAUUGCUAACAUAACAUUUAAUAGUCAAUUUAAUUUUAAUAAAAACUACGUUUUAGUUAAUAAUAAAUUUAAUGUGUUCAUAAUCAGUGUAAUUAUAAUACAUUAAAAUAAUGUCGACUUACAAUCCAAAAUUAAGUGCUGUUUUACCCGAUAUUGAGAAUUUACUACAACUGAAUCCUCGAGUUUCGGACAAGGCUACUGUUCGUCCUACAGCUGAGACUAAAAUUAUAAAAAAACAUUGGAAGAGGAAUAUUCCCAAAACUUGUGCAAAAUGUCCAAGUGUGUAUGAAAAUGAUUUUUCCGAUGUAAAACCAACAACUCUUAGUGAAAGAGGAGCUUUAAGAGAAGCUGCUCGAUGUUUGAAAUGUGCAGAUGCUCCAUGCCAAAAAUCAUGCCCUACUCAAUUGGAUAUCAAAUCGUUCAUAACGAGCAUAGCUAAUAGGAAUUAUUAUGGAGCGGCCAAAAAAAUUUUCUCUGAUAAUCCUUUGGGAAUAACUUGUGGAAUGGUGUGCCCAACGAGUGAUCUUUGUGUUGGGGGAUGUAACCUACAAGCUUCAGAAGAAGGCCCAAUCAACAUCGGUGGAUUACAACAAUUUGCUACAGAAAUAUUUUCAAAAAUGGGAAUCAGACAAAUAAGACAACCAAAUUUGAAACCGUUAAAGAAUGCCGACGCUAAAAUUGAUUUAUUUGGUUGUGGACCCGCUUCGUUGUCAUGUGCUACAUUUUUGGGGCGUUUAGGGUACAAUAACAUCACGAUUCAUGAAAAACGACCAUACCUUGGAGGUUUAAGCGCAUCAGAAAUUCCUCAAUACCGUUUACCGAUAUCUGUUGUAAAUUUUGAAAUUAGCUUAGUACAAGAUUUAGGCGUAACCAUCAAAACUAAUUAUGCAUUGUCAGCCAAAAACGGAAAUACAAUACAAAAGCACUUAAAUGAUGGCGCUAAAGCCAUUUUUAUUGGUAUUGGUUUACCAGAACCUACAACACAAAAAGUUUUUGAAGGAUUAACUCCAGAAAUGGGGUAUUACACCAGUAAAAGUUUCUUACCAACUGUAUCAGAAGCUAGUAAACCUAGUUUAUGCCUUUGCAAACAAUCACAACCAACUUUACCAAAAUUAAAUGGUACUGUGAUAGUUUUGGGUGCAGGAGAUACAGCAUUUGAUUGUGCAACUUCCGCCUUACGAUGUGGUGCUAGAAAAGUAUUUGUUGUAUUUCGAAGAGGAUUCACAAAUAUACGAGCAGUACCUGAAGAAGUUGAAGUAGCCAUUGAAGAGAAAUGUGAAUUAGUCGGAUUUUUGACUCCAAUAAAAGUAAAUACGAAUGAGUCUGGUCAAAUUUGUAGCGUAACUUUUGGAAGAACUGAACAAAAAGAGGAUGGCACAUGGAUUACAGACACAGAACAACUCUCAACAUUAAAAACAAACUUUGUAAUUUCUGCUUUUGGUUCUUCCUUAAAUGAUAAAGAUGUAAUCGACGCAUUUAAACCGUUGGAACUUACCGAAUAUAAUUUACCCAAAAUCGAUGUUUUAAACAUGCGUACUUCACAUGAUGCUGUAUUUUGUGGAGGUGAUCUUUCUGGAAUUACACAAACUACCGUUGAAUCUGUAAAUGAUGGUAAAACUGCAGCGUGGAAUAUUCAUUGUUAUUUAGAAAAUUUGCCAAAAGACACUCCACCCGCUUUACCAGGGUUUUAUACUGAGAUUGACGAAGUUGAUUUAUCAGUAGAUAUUUGUGGCAUACAUUUUGAAAAUCCAUUUGGUUUAGCAUCAGCACCUCCAACAACAAGCUCAGCAAUGAUACGACGUGCAUUUGAACAAGGAUGGGGUUUUGUUGUCACGAAAACUUUUGGUUUGGAUAAGGAUUUAGUAACAAAUGUUUCACCUAGGAUAGUACGUGGACAAACUGCUGGCCAUGUUUAUGGACCGCAACAAUCAUCAUUUUUGAAUAUAGAAUUAAUCUCUGAAAAAUGUGCAAAAUAUUGGUGUGAAAGUAUAAAAGAAUUAAAACAAGAUUUUCCAACCAAAGUAAUAAUCGCCAGUGUCAUGUGCUGUUUCGAUAAAGAUGAUUGGGUUAAAAUAACAAAAAUGGCCGAAGCAGCGGGUGCUGAUGCACUUGAGUUAAAUUUAUCUUGCCCUCAUGGUAUGGGUGAAAAAGGAAUGGGUUUAGCGGUAGGGCAAAAAGAAGAAUUAGUAAAAGAAGUUUCAAUAUGGGUUAGGGAAGCUGUAAAAAUACCAUUUUUCGUAAAAUUAACACCGAAUAUAACUGAUGUAGUGUCUAUAGCCAGAGCAGCUUACGAAGGCAAUGCUUCCGGAGUAUCAACGAUUAAUACAAUUAGUGGAUUGAAUCUAAUAAAGGGUGAUGGAAAACCCUGGCCGGGUGUGGGUCAUGAUAAACGGACAACUUAUGGUGGUUUAAGUGGUAAUGCCACACGCCCAGUUGGUUUACGAAAUGUUUCUGCUAUAGCAAAUACAUUCCCUGGAUUUCCAAUUCUGGGUAUCGGCGGUAUUGAUUCGGCAGACGUUGGUAUGCAAUUUAUAAUGUGUGGUGCAAGUGCUGUUCAAAUUUGUAGCGCUGUUCAAAAUCAAGAUUUCACAUUAAUUGAAGAUUAUUGUACAGGAUUAAAAGCAUUAUUAUAUUUACAGAAUCGACUAGAUGGAUGGGAUGGACAAUCUCCCCCUACGAUAAAACAUCAAUUAGGCAAACCGGUAGAAAGAAUUAAAGGUGAAAAUGGAAAGGCUUUACCUCAUUUUGGACCUUACAAAACUAUUCGCGACGAAUUAAUCGCUAAGAAAAAUAAAGAAAAGAAAUUAUUGGAACAAAAUAAAGAUCAAAAUGGACUAACAACUAAUGGUACAAGAAAUUUAAAGGUACCAAAAAUUUCAGAUAUGAUUGGAAAAUCUUUACCACUUAUUGGUGCAUAUCAAAAGUUAAACAACAAGGAACAAGUUGUAGCAUUAAUUGAUGAUGAUAUGUGCAUUAACUGUGGAAAAUGUUAUAUGGCAUGUAAUGAUUCUGGUUAUCAAGCUAUUACGUUCGAUAAAGACACUCAUAUUCCCCAUGUGACUGACGAUUGUACAGGAUGUACAAUGUGUGUUUCAGUUUGUCCAAUUAUUGAUUGUAUAACAAUGGUGCCAAAAUCAAUACCGCAUGUACUAAAACGCGGGCUGCCUGUUUCUGACAUCCACCCAGUGCAUCCACUUAAAAGUCAAUAAUAGGUGAAUUAAUAAAAUUGUAUAAAUUUAACAAAACUGCAUUAUUAUAAAGAUCGCAAAAAAUAUUUUAAAUAAAAUUCAAUAA